CUCGUAGGCCUCACCAAAAGCCUCAAGCAGGGGGCAAGUUCGAAGUGUUCCGGCGCGUCUCCGGAAGUAGCCAAUGGAGGUGGAGGUGAUGGGUGCCUCUUCCUCUCUCUUGGAGGGGCGCAACUCUCAAUCUCUGAGCCGCUUUGGGGUGCCUUGGCCGGAGAUGAACGAUGGGUUGUUUUAUAAGGACACCGUGAAACCCGGAGAUUCUGGAAUGUCCCUGAUCGAAUUCUACUCUUCCAAGUACAGGGAUUCCGCUCCGAAGGAAGGUUGGGUCCAGCGAAUCCAAAAUGGGCAGAUCAAGGUUGAUGGACAAGUUGUAACUAAUUCUGACAGUAUUCUGCGACUUGGCUCCAAUUUGUUGUAUCACCGUCUGCCAUGGAAAGAACCAGACGUGCCUUAUAUGGUUGAAGUUCUCUUUGAGGAUGAUCAUGUGCUUGCAAUAAAUAAGCCCUCAGGUUUGCAAGUACUACCUGGAGGAUCUUUCCAACAGCGAACAGUUUUUACUCAACUCUGUUGGCGAACAUAUGGACCUUUCUCCACACUUCCUGAAAAAUAUUCUGAACAGAAACAACACUCUGUCCCAGUACAUCGUUUGGGGAGAGGAACUUCUGGCAUAUUACUAUGUGCAAAGACAAAGCUUGCUAAAGUUCAACUAGCUGGAUAUUUUGCUGAUGGCGCAUCAGCUUUAACAGACGACAGGAGUCAUAGGCAUAUUAGGGAUGAACGUGUAACAAGAAGGAGAAUUUCAAAAGUUUAUAGGGGACUGGCCACAGGAAUUCUUGAGAAGGAUCAGGUCACCAUAGAUCAACCCAUUGGAAGGAUAACAUAUCCUGGAGUUGCCAAAGGGCUCUAUGUUGCUUGUUCAUCAGGGAAACCAGCGGAGAGCAAAGUUGUUGUUCUUGAACGUGAUUUGGGACGAAACUGCACAUUAGUUCAGGUGGAGAUCAGCUCUGGACGACCCCAUCAAAUUCGGAUUCAUCUUUCCUUUAUUGGACAUCCACUAUUAGAUGACCCCCUUUAUGGGAUUGGUGGGAUCCCUAAAUGCUCACUGCCUGAACUUAGGGAUGAAAGAAUUGCGUUGGAUGGUGGAUAUUGUAGGCCUACGAAGCCCAUUCCUGGUGACUGUGGUUACCACUUGCAUGCCUACCAGUUAAUCUUUGCUCAUCCAGUUACAAAUAAAGUGAUUAAACUUACUGCUCGACUUCCUGCUUUACUCCAGACACAGCAAGAGCAUAAUUGUGGUAGCAAGGCGGAAGAACUACUUGUACCCUGAAGCCUCAUGUUUUCCAUGUUUGAAGGGGAAAGAAACAAGGCUUGUGUUUGGGCAUAAGACCUUCAAGCAGCAGAAGGUCAAGAAUCCGACAUCCCAGGUUCAUCUCUGUUGGUAUGAUGAGGUAAGGAUCUGCCUAGCCGCAGCUUGCCCAUCUUGAAGAAAAUGGCUUGGGCAUUCAUGAAUUGUUUACUACUGUCGAGCAAUUAUUGUUCUUGUGCAAGCUUUUCAUCACUAAGGGGCACAAAAAUGGGAUGAAAGAAACAACUGGAUUAUUUAUGCCAAACUGGUCGGACCCAUAGUAACUUCUUUCUCUUUGAUUUCCGAUGUUUGUGGUGCCUUUGCUCCCUUUAUCAGCAUGAUGUUCAUCUGCUUAUGUUUUUAUCUUCGUUUUUUUCUUUUUAUGAGUGAAGCUAUCAAGUUUGUUGGAUGUGUUGGAACUUAUUGAGUAGAAAGGACGAUGUUUAUUAUUUCA